ACUAGGACACACACUUUCACAAUGAAGUCCACACUACAUACCCUCUCUGCUCUACUGGCUGUGGGCCUCUAUAUUCUUCUUACUGCUCAGGUGGGAGACAGUCAACAUGUUCCGACACGCUGCGAGUGUCAAAAAUCCAUGAGAGCAGUCCGAGGACCAUUUUCAGAUAUUAAAGUCUCAUUAAAAGGACAUGGUUGUGAUAAAGAUGAGAUCAUAGUAACGCUGAAGAGUAACAACAAGCAAAUGUGUCUAAGUCCUAAGGAACGUCAAGGAAAAAGACUGCUGAAAUGCUGGCUCAAGAUGCAAAAAAAGGGGGAAGAUGUAAAGAAAUGCAUUCAAAGACUGAGACCUCAGAAAAGACGUCGACAGAAGAAGCGCACUUGAUCCAAGAAGCUCGUAUCAUGUGAAGCCUGGCGGAAUCGCUGCUAACAAUCUUCAAGAAACACUAAUGCAAGUGUCCACACAGUGAAAGAUCACAACUGCUUCUCCAUGUAUGGUCUGGACAAUGGACUAAUCAUGGUCUAUAUAAGCUUCUAGAGAGGGCUGGCCCCACUCAAAAGGCAUGAAGACAAUGAUGAAGAUGGAACACUAGAAAGUAAACAGUUUACAUUACAAUGUAAUGUUUUGGCCAGUUCAAUUUGCAUGCCGCUACUGAUGCUAUAUGUUUGUCAAACUGUUCAUUUUUAUGAUAAUGUGUAUUUUAGUAUAUCAGAAAUCUAUAUAAUAAAUGAAAACAAAAAACACA